AUGGUAGCGCAGCCCUUCGUGAUCUACUGUACGGACUUUGUCACUAUCUCGAGCAUCUCCAGUAUUUCAGGAUCCCGGACGAUGACGAUUACAAGAACGAAGGAUGGAGUUCCAGGAUGGAACGGAGAUCCAGCAUCGUGGCUGGAACUUCGCCAGGCAGCCAGGCUGUUCGUGGCAUCUACCAAGUUUGAGGCCUGCUACACGUGCGGACCAAAGGUCGCGGCAGAGCUCACUGGUGCAGCGCGCAACGCCAUCAUGGGCAAGAAAAGAUUGGCUGAGCGAAGAGCAGGGGACAAAGACAUUGCUACAGCCCAAGAAGCAGAAGAGGAAGAACAGGUCAGCCUUGACAGCAUGGAGAAGAGCAUCAUUCAGGGAGAGGUGAAGGGCAACUUCACUUUGACAGGCAUUGAGAAUGCCUUGAGAGCUCACUGGGCUGACGACGCCAUCAAGAAGAGAGAUGGAGAGGGCAGACAUUCCUCUCUAUUUCAAGGAGAAGAUGAUGACGAAGAGUAUGAAAUGCCAUUGGACGAGGCAGACGCCUUCUAUGAGGGAUGGACUGAACGAGAAAAAGCUUGGUAUCAAGAAGCCAAGGAAGAUGAGCAGCACGCUUGGCUACAGAUGCAAGGAGCAAAACGCACUAUGAAAGAGGCAAGAGCACGACAACGCGAAGUCAAGAUGACAAGAAAGUUCUACAAGUCCUACCCGAUUCUAAGUGGUGGCAGGUCAACCAGCUACAAGAACGACAAGGAGAAGGGGCCGUGCUUCAAAUGUGGAGAACGAGGACAUCACAAACGCGAAUGUCCGAAGAGGGAGAGUGCAAAGAUGGCCACUCACUACGAGGAAGAUGAGGAAGCCCAAUACACAUACCACACCACUGAAGAGGAGCAGGUCCCUGACUUCCCCGAUGGUGGCCAGGAGGAGUUCCCGGAGGGCAACUUCUAUGGGAUGGAUGGAUCAUCAGGGCUUGAGCCUAUGCCGGUGUUCCAGGCCUCCGUCUCCACAGAGAAAGCCGUAUUGGAAAAAAGCAGUGAUAGACGGAGGAGCGACAAGAACAAUGGCCUCAGUGUACGCCAUGGAGCAGUACAUGAAGGCAAUGAAAGAGCAACACGGAACCGACGGCGUCAAGCACACCGGAGUCAAAGAAGAAGACAGGCCAAUUUUGGCUUUGGAAAUUCACAAAAGGCCAAGUGUCUUUCCACCUGUGUACUGAAGCUACCUCAUGAGGAUCGACCAAUGCAACUCAAGGUACACGUUCUGGGGGAAGGCAAGGCUCCGGUGCUGCUGUCAGUGGACACCUUGCGGAAGAUGGGUGCGAUCAUUGACGUUGCCUCCGAUGAGGUGAUUUUCUCUCAGGUAGCUCCAGACAAGCUGAUCAAGCUGGAGCGCUCCGGUGCAUAG